AUGACGUCCCGAGGUCCCUGGCGGUUGGUUACUGUCAACACAGCUCCCGAGAGGGCAAAGAAGCUCAUAGGCCGCGUCGCCGAGACAUUGAAAGAUCGAUAUGAUAUUCAGCACGUUGCUAAUUGCUCCUCCAUCGAUGAGGUGGAAGACGCGGUUAAGGAGCAACAGCCCAACAUACUGUUUUCUGCUUCAAUGUGGACUGCGGAAGAAAGCGCUAGGAUACACCAGAUUGCUCGUUCUGUAGUGCCCGACAUCAAGUUGUAUGGAAUUCCCGAGGGAUUGCAAGUCAAGUAUGGUCCGGACGCCAUAGUGCAGCAUCUUGUAGAGAAUGUCCCGAAGGUUAUUGAAGACACUGGCGCAAAACCAUUUGCUUGCCGAAUCUGUGGACGCCAGUUCAGCAGGCCUGAUUCGGUGACGAGGCACCAACGAACCCAUACUCAAGUCGAGCAACAGCAGCACCGACAGCAACAACAAGGGCAACGGCAAGAGAAUGACCAACGGCAACAGCAAGAACCGCAAGAUGUCUGGCCCUUAUCUCCUAGCAUGUCGGACUAUGCAAGCAUCCGAAGCGUCACCGAACAGAACCAGAGUAUCAGCUACGAGCCAGUGCCAGGUAUAAACACGGACUCUAUGUUUGUCGAUCCUGCCUUGUCCAGCUCAGAGCUCAAUGUACAUCUGGAAUGGCCCGAUGCGGAAGCCCUCCUACACAGCAUCGUCACAUUCGACUGGGGCUCCUUAACCUUACCACCAGGCAGCAUGCCAGCAGCUCAACUACGCCAACAAACGGCACCACAGCCCAACAUUUCCUAUGACGUCCAGUCAGUAGAUGUCGGCCAGACCCAGGAUCCUGAGCAACUAUCGCCCGUCAAUGGCUCCCGAGAUGCAAUUCAAAGCCUCAGUGACAUGAUAACAAGCCUUUCACAAAACGUCACCUCGGCCGCAAAGUCUCUACCAGAACUGAACCCAGCAUUCCUCGAUAGCUGUCUUCAGGCAUACUUCUCCCACUUCAACAUCUACUUUCCUAUUCUCCAUAGGCCAACAUUCGUCUUUCGUGAUUGCUCGCCGAGUCUAAUACUAAAUGCAAUCGCACUGGGUUCAUUGUUUAUUGGCACAGACGAUGCAGUUUCCGAGGGAGAGGUAUUAUGGAGACUGGCACACACCGCCGUGGCCACCGCUUGGACGGCGCUACUACGCCACCAAGGUCCCUACGAUUCGCAUAGAGGUGUCCAGCUUGUGUUGACCGCACUUCUUGGCCAAUGCUAUGCCGUGAUGUCUGAGAAUACAGAUCUCAAACUUACUAGCCAGGUCUUUCAUAGUCUGGGGUUCAACUGGGCAAACCAGAACAACCUAUAUAGGCCCUCAUUAUCGCAACAACCUGCCCUCUCUGCCGGAGAAGUCAGCGAUGAGCGUGCUUGGAAGGAAUGGGCUGCAGAAGAAGUCUAUCAUCGAGCGCUCAUUGGUCACUACAUUCUCGACGGCCACCUUAGCUACCUUUCAGGUCAACCAGGAGCCGCAACUCUACACGCAACAAACAGCCUCAGACUCUCAGCGUGCUCGAAAGCCUUUGAAGCUCGAGAUACUCAAGAGUGGCGCCUGGCGUUGGACCAAGAGCAGUCCCAAGGUCCCACAUUCUCUUUCAGUGAUAUCUACCAUGAGCUCUUCGCCACUAUCCAUCCUGACAACGAGGUUAGCCCAUGCUUGCGCAGCUUAAACGCAUCACUCGAUGUGCGUGUCGUGUUAGAAUGCCUGCAUGCUCUGGUCCGAGAGAACCGCGAGAUGCAAUCUUCGAAGUCUAUUGUCAAAAUUCCAACGUUACCCGAAGUGAAGCAGGCUCUGGUCCGGGUUUUCCAGCUUUUGAAUGAUACCUGGUCCUUCGAUGAUACUGAACGUCUAGAGUUGGUGAUUCGCUGGCACUUCGUCUGUCUUGAUCUACUCUGCAACUCAAUAAAACUUUUUGAUCAAAUCUGUCGACAUCUCCAAAUCGAUCAACAUAUUUUCAAAACAAAGAACAGCGGUUCAGAUCUAAAAGACUCGAUUCAGUGGAUCAGAGGAUCUACUGAUGCCAAAUGCGCCUUUCUACAUGCUGUUGCUAUUCAGCAUACCGUCAAUCAGCUUCCCUUCAAUCGCACCAACACCUUCUGGAUGCCGAUCCCUAUCUUCGCUGCUUCCACCAUUUAUUCACUUUUCCGUCUAAGCGGUAUAACAUCAGUCUCUGUUCCUGCUGUAGUACACUGGGAGUCUACACUGAUUGAUCGGCCAAACAUUAGGGAAGCUUCAGGAAGCCCCGAACAGGAUGUUUCUUGGAAAAAGACGCAGAUCUUUCUUUCGUCCAAUUGGAGAAGGACAAACUACGCUUUAGGACCCGCGCGCAAUCUACCUUUCGAAAUGAAAAAGAUACAAACCAUGAUGCAUGGACUUGCUAUCCAGUGGGGGGUAGCUGUUGAGAUGGAGACAAUCUUGUCACAGCUGGAAACCUUGGAGCCCUUGGAAGAUUGAGUAAAUACCCCGACAGGCGAAAUGCAAACGUGGUUAAAAAAAGAUCAUCAUAUUUAUACUCCGCAAAGAGAAGACAGACAGCUAUAUCAGGUGUCGAUGAGGUUCUGUUCUGUCUUCGACGCCCC